AUGGGAGAUCAAAAUCAGCUUCUUAAGGAUUUCGCAGCCCCAAAUGCUCAAGGCACACAGUCAAGCAUUACAAGGCCCAAUGUUGAAGCUAAUAACUUUGAGCUGAAACCAUGCAUCACUGCUCUCAAUGGUUUAGCAGAAUCAGUUUGGAGGAGAUUAUUUCUGUUCUCUCUAAGGGACAAGGCUAGGGCUUGGUUGCACUCAUUGCCAGCUGGGUCCAUCACCACUUGGGAUCAAUUGUCCAGAGCGUUUCUUGCAAAGUAUUUUCCUCCAAGUAAAACAGCACAGAUGAGGAACCAGAUCACAAGCUUUGUACAGAAGGAAGGAGAGUCACUUUAUGAAGCUUGGGAACGCUACAAGGAAUUAUUGAGGAUGUGCCCUCACCAUGGACUGGAAAAGUGGUUAAUUGUUCACACCUUCUACAAUGGGCUCACUUACAACACACGGAUGACUGUUGAUGCUGCUGCAGGAGGAGCUUUGAUGAACAAAACAAUAGACGAGGCAUACACUCUCAUUGAAGACAUGGCUCAGAAUCACUAUCAAUGGGCGAACGAGCGUGCUCCUCAGACAUCAAAAGGAGGCAAGUAUGAAAUAGAUGCUUUAGACCAUAUAUCCUCUAAAGUUGAUGCUUUAUUUAAGAAAGUUGAAGGUUUGAGUAUUAAUUCUGUGGCGUCUACUUCAAUUUCAUGUGAGAUAUGUGGCUAUGUGGGUCAUUCUGCACUUCAAUGUCAAUUAGGAAACCCCCCAUCCAUUGAUACUUCUGGUAAUGAGCAAGUUAACUAUGUUAAUAACUUUAAUCAGAAGGGAGACCCAUUCUCCAAUACUUAUAAUCCGGGGUGGAGGAAUCAUCCUAAUUUUUCUUAUAGAAACCCACCUGGAAAUCCCAUGCCUGCAUCUAAUUUUGGUCCACCUGGUUUUCGUGCUCCUCAAUCCAAUUUCCCUUCUCAAAAGUCAAAUUUGGAAAAUAUGAUGGAGAAGUUUGUGACGACUCAAUCAAAAUUGAAUGAAGAGUUUAAGCAGCAACAACAAACCACGAAUGAGGUGGUGAAACAAUUGGCCUCUAAGAUGGAUUCCCUAGCUACGCAUAACAAGAUGUUAGAGACACAAAUCACCCAAUUGGCACAAAAUGUUAGCUCUUCCUCUAGGCCUUCAGGCAUGCUACCUGGACAACCCGAGACAAAUCCCAGGAGUCAUGUGAAUGCUAUAACUCUUAGAAGUGGAAAACAAUAUGAGGGACCCAAGAUGAAGGAAAAUGAUGGGGUGGAUGGUCAUCAUGAAGAAAAAAAUGAAAAUGUGAUAGAUGUGGAUAAUGAGACCCAAACGCAAGAAGAAGAAAAAGUUGAAAAAUAUGUGGCCCCCGCUCCUUACAAGCCUCCUCUACCAUUUCCCCAAAGGUUAGCUAAGGCUAAGUUAGAAAAGCAGUUCGGAAAAUUCUUGGAGAUUUUAAAAAAAUUGCACAUCAAUAUCCCGUUCACUGAAGCUAUCUCUCAAAUGCCUUCAUAUGCUAAGUUCUUGAAAGAGAUCCUAUCCAAUAAAAGGAAGUUGGAAGAAUACGAGACUGUGGCCCUUACUGAGGAGUGUAGUGCUAUCAUCCAGAAUAAGCUGCCUCCUAAGCUUAAGGAUCCAGGUUCAUUUUCUAUUCCUUGUGUUAUUGGUAAUGUCUCUAUUAACCGUGCUUUGUGUGAUUUAGGUGCAAGCGUAAGUUUGAUGCCAAUGUCCAUCUAUAAGAAGCUUGGCAUAGGAGAUUUGAAGCCAACCACGAUAUCACUCCAACUGGCGGAUCGAUCGGUAAAAUAUCCGGUAGGUAUACUUGAAGAUGUACCUAUCCAGGUCGGUAAGUUCUUUAUCCCGGUCGAUUUCGUUAUCUUGGAAAUAGAAGAAGAUUCUAACAUUCCAAUUAUUUUAGGAAGACCCUUCCUUGCUACUGCAGGUGCUAUAAUCGAUGUUAAAAAUGGAAGGCUCUCUCUAAAUAUUGGAGGGGAGACGGUAGAAUUUGAUUUAAGUAAUACUAUGAAACUCCCUCUAACUGAUAAAAUUUGUUACAGGGUCGACGUCAUUGACAAGUGUACACAUGAGCAAAUUGCAAACAAUAACUCAGCUGAUCCACUUGAGAAAUGUUUGGUAAGUGAUGGUUCAAUAAAUGAUGAAGACCCCGAGGUAGCCGCGUAUGCUCAAUCUUUAGAAUCAACAUCAGCUGCUCCACUUCGAAAUGCAAAGCUUGAAAGAUUGAUGCUAGAGCCAAAAGGUUCUAUUUGUGAAGAGGAUAAUGCACCAAAGGUAGAAUUAAAACCCCUCCCUUCCUCUUUAAGGUAUGAAUUUCUUGGCCCUGAUUUUACUUAUCCUGUGAUUGUGAAUGCAUGUCUGAAUGAAAAUGAAACUGAUAAGUUGCUUAGAACACUUAGGAUGCAUCGCAAGGUCAUAGGAUACACCAUGAACGACAUUAAGGGAAUUAAUCCAUCAAUUUGCAUGCAUAGAAUUCUCUUGGAAGAUGAUCAUAAACCCUCUAUAGAACACCAACGUAGAUUAAAUCCUAACAUGAAAGAAGUGGUUAAAAAGGAAGUGCUUAAGCUACUAGAUUCUGGGGUAAUCUAUCCUAUUUCUGAUAGUGAAUGGGUUAGCCCGGUUCAUGUGGUUCCUAAAAAGGGAGGUGUGACCGUAGUUAAGAAUGCAAAUAACGAACUUAUCCCUACUAGGACGGUUACGGGUUGGAGGAUGUGUAUUGAUUAUAGGAAAUUGAACAAGGCAACCCGAAAAGAUCAUUUUCCACUUCCCUUUAUAGACCAGAUGUUGGAAAGGUUGGCUAGGCAUUCAUAUUUUUGUUAUUUAGAUGGCUAUUCGGGAUUUUUCCAAAUUCCUAUCCAUCCUAGUGACCAGGAAAAGACCACUUUUACCUGUCCCUAUGGGACCUUUGCUUAUAGGCGCAUGCCUUUUGGUCUUUGCAAUGCCCCCGCCACUUUUCAACGAUGUAUGAUGGCCAUUUUCUCUGAUUUUAUAGAGGAUAUUAUGGACGUGUUUAUGGAUGACUUCUCCGUGUAUGGAACUACUUUUGAUGGUUGUUUAUCUAACUUGUCUCGACGUGGAAUUGAGGUUGAUCGAUCAAAAGUGGAAGUCAUUGAAAAAUUGCCUCCACCAACGUCGGUUAGGGGAGUAAGAAGUUUCUUGGGACAUGCCGGUUUCUAUCGGCGUUUCAUCAAAGAUUUCUCAAAAAUUUCAAAACCCUUAACUAACCUUCUUCUUAAAGAUGCUACCUUUGAUUUCACUGAUGAAUGUCUUGAUGCUUUUUGCAGGUUGAAAGAAGCAUUGAUAACAGCUCCUAUUAUGCAACCGCCGGACUGGAAUCUCCCAUUUGAAGUCAUGACUGAUGCAAGUGAUUAUGCGGUUGGUGCUGUGUUGGGCCAAAGGAAGAACAAGAUAGUUCAUGCAAUUUAUUAUGCUAGUCGCACUCUUGAUGAAGCCCAAGUUAACUACGCUACCACUGAAAAGGAGCUAUUAGCAGUUGUAUUCGCCUUUGACAAGUUCAGGUCUUACUUAGUGGGGUCCAAAGUCAUCGUUUAUACCGACCACUCCGCCAUCAAAUAUCUUUUGAGCAAGCAAGAUGCCAAGCCUAGGUUGAUCCGAUGGAUACUACUUUUGCAAGAAUUUGACCUAGAGAUCAAGGACAAGAAAGGGACGGAAAAUUUGGUGGCAGACCAUUUGUCGAGGAUGAAGCAAGAAUCACAUGAUAAGGAGGAGGAUGAACUACCGAUCGAUGACUCUUUCCCAGAUGAUCAGUUGUUAGCCAUUGAAAGAUUGGAUGCACCAUGGUAUGCGGACUUCGUCAAUUACAUAGUGUGUGGAGUCUUGCCUCCGGAUCUGAGCUAUCAACAGAAGAAGAAGUUCUUUGCUGACUUGAAGUAUUAUUUUUGGGAUGAACCGUUUCUAUACAAACGGUGUGUUGAUGGGAUGUUCAGAAGGUGUAUUCCUGAAGAUGAGAUAUCUUGUGAUAGUUGUCAGAGGACCGGGAAUAUUUCGAAGCGACAUGAGAUGCCUUUACACUCCAUCUUGGAAAUUGAAGUCUUUGAUGUGUGGGGCAUAGAUUUCAUGGGACCGUUUCCGUCAUCGUGUAACAACAAGUUCAUUUUAGUGGCGGUGGACUACGUCUCCAAGUGGGUAGAAUCGAUAGCAUCCCCCACCAACGAUGCUAAAGUUGUUGUGAAACUAUUAAAGAACGUUAUUUUUCCAAGAUUUGGGGUGCCACGGACGAUAAUCAGUGAUGGCGGUUCACACUUCAUAGAAAGAAAAUUCGAAGCUCUCUUAAGACAAUAUGGGGUCACUCAUAAAGUUGCCACGCCAUAUCAUCCUCAAACUAGUGGUCAAGUGGAAGUUUCGAAUCGUGAAAUUAAGAGUAUUUUGGAGAAAACAGUUAAUCGUUCAAGAAAGGAUUGGUCUAUGAAACUCACAGAUGCUUUAUGGGCCUAUCGAACUGCAUACAAAACGCCCAUAGGUAUGACACCAUUCAAAUUGGUAUAUGACAAAUCGUGUCACCUCCCAGUUGAGUUAGAGCACAAGGCAUAUUGGGCUAUCAAACUCCUAAAUUUUGAUAUGAAGACCGCAGGUGAGAAAAGAAAGCUUCAACUUCAUGAGCUAGAUGAGCUGCGUUUGGAUUCGUAUGAGAAUGCUCGCAUUUAUAAAGAAAGGACUAAACGAUGGCACGACAAGAAUAUUCUUCGAAGAGAGUUUAAUCAAGGAGAUAUGGUGCUACUUUUCAACUCUCGUUUGAAGCUUUUUCCGGGCAAACUCAAAUCUCGGUGGUCCGGACCUUUUUAAGUCCGUGAGGUUUUUCCUAGUGGAGUUGUUGAAGUUUGGAGUGAAACAACGAGAUCUUUCAAGGUGAAUGGGCAACGAUUGAAGCAUUAUAUUGUAGGGGAACAACACGAGAAAGGUGUCACUUAUACCCUUUCCGAUCCCCCUUCGUCAGAGAAUUGA